AUUUAUCACCCUACAAUCGAACGGCCCAGAUCCGAGCCCACUCCAUCCCUUCCCCAGAUCGCUCCUUCCCCUCCCUCCUUCCCCUCCGCUUCUUUCCCUCCCCAAACCACCGGCGCCGCCACCGACCCGCCGGCGCAGUGCGGCACCCACCGGCAAGGAGAAGCCAUCAUGGAGCAUGGGUCGGUGACGGACUCGACGGCCUCGACGUUCUCCAUCGUGGAGGAGGAUCACACGCUCGCCAACUCCGUUAGAUUUGUUCUUAAUCAGGACCCAAGGGUAGCAUUCUGUGGAUACAGUAUCCCUCAUCCUGCUGACAACAAAGUCAACAUAAGAGUUCAGACUACAGGAGACCCAGCAAAGGAUGUUCUGAAAGACUCUUUGCAGGAUUUGAUGGUGAUGUGCCAGCAUGUAAGGGGGACAUUUGACACUGCAGUGACUCAAUUUCGGCAGAACAAUCCUACAGGCAUGAACAUCGAUCAGAACAAAAAGAAGUAGCUUCUGGGUGGUCUUCGCUGCAUGGCAACAAUUUGCCCAGACAUUUUCUAUGUAAUCGACCAAUUAGUUGGUCUAUUUGAUAUGAAUGCUCCCUGUAUCCAUUGUAAGAAAUGCUAUUAUAACACAACGGGACUUGCAUUCAUACUUCAGUUUUCAUGGUCAAUGGACAUCUCGGUCAUUUAUCCUGUUUAGCGAUGUAUGUUGCCUGGAUAACAUUUUUUUUACAAAUGAACAUUGAAUUAAAAUCAA